AUGCUUCGCCCUUUGCGACGGACAUGGACAAGUCGCAAGUGCCUGCAUCUGCGGCCCCAACCCCGAGCCUUUGCGAGCGCCGCAUCUUCUCCGACAACGUCCUCUGAAUACAUCCCAGCAGACAACAGUGCAGCAAAAGCGAAGACCGACGACCAUACUCUGCGCUGUGUUUUUGAUUCUCAGCCAUUCUGGAAUGAGUUCUCCCAGCAGCGCACCUCCACAGUCUCCAGACAAGCCGGAUUGGUACAAAACCAGUACCUGACAACGCCCGAAGGCUUCAGGACAUUUGCAAAUGUCUCGCUACAAAGAUGUCAGGCCAUUGUGGCUAAGGUGCUUGCCGCCUCGACGGUGGACGAGUAUAGGGCGCUAGCACGAGAUCUUGACCGGCUCAGCGACCUCUUGUGUCGUGUCAUCGACCUAUCCGACUUCAUUCGAACUAUCCACCCCGAUCCACGGAUACAAGAAGCAGCCACGCAGGCGUGGGCUCUUAUGUUUGAAUAUAUGAACGUUUUGAACACAACCACGGGGCUCCAUGAACAGCUCAACAAGGCUUUGAACAACCCCGAGGUGACAUCAUCAUGGACCGAGGGAGAGAAAAUCGUUGCCCAAAUUCUGAACAAGGAUUUCUCGAACUCCGCGAUUCAUAUGCCGCCCAAUGUGAGACAACGCUUUGUGGAGCUUUCGAAUGAUGUGAGCCAGUUGGGCUCGGAGUUCAUGAAUGGCGCAGAGCCUGCGAGGUCCCAGGUCGUCUUUGGUGCCAACAGCCUCCAAGGAUUGGAUCCUAUGGUCAUCUCCAAAAUUAAGAGGUGGAACAAGAAAGCCCCGGUACCGACUACGGGGGUCAUCCCUCGACUUGCUCUUCGCUCAGUUCACGAUGAAGAUGUUCGCAAACAAAUAUAUCUGGCGACCAGAACAUCGAGUAAGCGCCAGAUUCACAGAUUGGAGGAGCUUCUCAUGAAGAGAUCUGAGCUAGCACGACUCACUGGACACAACAGCUUUGCGCACAUGACUCUCGGUGACAAGAUGGCCAAGACACCCGAAGCUGUGUCCAACUUCUUGACUUCACUUGUUUCGAGCAACCGGGGCCCAGUCCAGGAGGAGCUAUCCAAGCUGCAGGCCUCAAAGCCAGGCUCGGCUCUGCAGCCCUGGGAUCAUGCAUAUUACGUUCACAAGCGCGUUUUGGAAUAUUCCCAGGCUCGUCGCUCUCGUCACAUGGGCGUCAUCAACGAGUUCUUUUCAUUGGGGACAGUGAUGCAGGGUCUUUCUCGACUCUUUGACCGUCUGUACGGUGUACGCCUGGUUCCAAAUGAGGCAUCUCCCGGUGAGACCUGGCACCCGGAUGUUCGUCGAUUGGAUGUAGUGGACGAAUCCGAUAAUCACAUCGCAGUCAUCUACUGCGACUUAUUUACCAGGCCAAGCAAGCACCCCAAUCCUGCUCACUUUACUCUCCGCUGCUCGCGCGAGAUUUCCGCGGAGGAGGUCGCCGAGUGUGCUUCAAUGAACGAGACUGCACACCCGAACGAUGGCAUGGCGACUGGUGUCGACCCGCACACCAGAACUUUACGUCAACUUCCAACCAUUGCCCUCGUUUGCGACUUCCAGGAGCCACAGGCCAAUGGCAGCGGUCAGCCGACUUUGCUAAAUGAACAGAGCGUUCGUACCCUGUUCCACGAGAUGGGCCAUGCAGUCCACUCUAUACUGGGCCAAACACCUCUUCAAUCCAUCUCGGGUACCCGAUGCGCUACGGACUUCGCCGAACUUCCCUCUGUAUUGAUGGAAAGUUUUGCCACAGCACCAGAGGUCCUCAGCCUCUACGCGCGGCACUGGAAGACCGACGAGCCUCUGUCUGAGGCCAUGAUGCGAAGCAUGGAGCUAGAUCGCACUGCGCACGGAUCUAUCUACGGUGCGGUUGAGAAUGAGGCUCAGAUCCUCAUGGCGCUCGUUGACCAGGCAUACCACACGAUCCCAGCUGAAGUCAGCUCCGCCGGCAUCGACUCUACCGCCAUCUACCACCGAGUCUUCGGUGAGCACUCAUGUCUACCCGAUCCGGCCAACCUACAGCCACCUACCUCGUGGCAGGGCUUCUUCGGCCACCUGUAUGGCUACGGUGCCACAUAUUACAGUUAUAUCUUUGAUCGCGCGAUCGCGAAUAAACUUUGGCAGGACGUCUUCCAGUCCGGCCGGGCGGCUACUGAUCGCGCCGCGGGCGAGCGAUACAAGAACGAGGUUCUCCGCUGGGGCGGUGGUCGCAAUGGCUGGAAAUGCGUAGCUGGCGUGCUGGGAAGCAGCAAUCCGUCCAACACAAACGGUCGUCUGGCUGAAGGCGGCGAUGAAGCGAUGAGUGAGGUUGGUCGCUGGGGCCUCGGGCGCGAAGGCGUAUCUGGAUAA